CUUGCAAAACUAUACACACAGAAGCAUUAAUUCGUAUAUAUUAUAGAGAGAGAGAGAGAGAGAGAGAGAGAGAGAGAGAGAGAGAGAGAGAGAGAGAGAGAGAGAGAGAGAGAGAGAGAGAGAGAGAGAGAGAGAGAGAGAGAAGAGAGAGAUGGAGAAGUAUGAAUUGGUGAAGGAUUUGGGAGCAGGGAAUUUUGGGGUGGCAAGACUCUUACGCCACAAACAAACCAAAGAGCUCGUCGCCAUGAAAUACAUCCAACGUGGCCACAGGAUUGAUGAAAAUGUGGCCAGAGAAAUCAUUAACCACAGAUCACUUCGCCAUCCUAACAUCAUUCGUUUCAAAGAGGUGGUGCUGACACCGACACAUCUGGCAAUCGUGAUGGAGUACGCCGCCGGCGGUGAACUCUUCGACCGGAUCUGCACCGCCGGAAGAUUCAGCGAGGACGAGGCUAGAUACUUCUUUCAGCAGCUGAUUUCUGGAGUCUGCUACUGCCACUCCAUGAAAAUAUGCCAUAGAGAUCUGAAACUGGAAAACACACUGCUGGAUGGAAGCCCAGCACCCCGUCUCAAGAUCUGCGACUUCGGCUAUUCCAAGUCGUCGGUGCUGCACUCGAGGCCCAAGUCCACCGUCGGAACGCCGGCGUACAUCGCGCCGGAGGUUCUCUCCCGCCAAGAAUACGACGGAAAGAUGGCAGAUGUGUGGUCUUGUGGGGUAACUCUUUACGUAAUGCUUGUUGGAGCUUACCCCUUCGAAGAUCCUGACGACCCUAAGAACUUCAGGAAAACCAUUUCCAGGAUCGUGGCUGCGCAGUAUAAAAUACCAGAUUACGUCCACGUCUCUCAGGAUUGCAGGGACAUGCUCUCUCGUAUUUUUGUAGCCAAUUCUUCUAAGAGAAUCAGCAUAAAAGAGAUAAAGAGCCAUCCAUGGUUCUUGAAGAAUCUCCCCAAGGAACUCUCGGAAUCAAACCAGUCAGUUUACUUCAAUAGAGACAAUCCUAGUUUCUCCCUCCAAAGCAUCGAUGAGAUUAUGAAAAUUGUGAGCGAAGCCCGAAAGCCGCCUCUGUCAUCCAGGCCGGUCCUGGGCUUCGGAUGGGGAGGAGAAGAGGAGGAAGAAGAAGAAGUAAAAAAAGAUCAUAUUGAAAAGGAAGACGAGGAGGAGGUAGAAGAAGAAGAAGAAGACGACGAGUAUGAUAGACAAGUGAAGCAAGUUCAUGCUAGCGGCGAGUUUCACCUCAAAUAGUAAUUUGUGCUUCUUCAAUUUAGCCACUAAUAUAUUAAUGGACCAUAUGUUAACGAACAAGUCAUUUUAAUUGAAUAUAUAGAUUUUAUUUUAUUUUAUUUUUUAAUUUUGGAUUUUAUGUAUACCCACGUAAAUUGCAAUUCGAAUUUUUAACUAUAUAUAUUAUUGUGGUUUUUAUCCUA